CUUAAACCUUUUAUAGCGCUUCUUAAGGAGUUGAAGUGGUUCACAGAACGAUUGUGAUUAAUCGUAGGGUGGAACGUAGUUGUAGGAAAUGUACAUGAUUUUCUGUAUUGGGACUUAUUAAAGUGAAUUGGAAUGAACUAGAAUUAAAAAUUUCUUUUUUCUUUUUUCUUUCGUAAUACGUCAUUCCGCAUGACCACGCAACUCUGGCUAUCUAAACGCUCUCCAAUAGCGUAUCGGUGAGAGCAAACGGGAAGCAAUUUAUAAAGAAGAAAUAAAGAAAAAAGCAAUUUUGGAGAGUAAUUAGAUUAAUUUAAAACAUGCCAGCAGCAAACAGUGUGGGUAGUAUAACCAGCAGUGCAUUACCAAAAUGGCAACUCGCUUUAGCGGUAGGAGCCCCGGUAGCCUUAGGACUUGGCUACAUGUAUUAUAAAAGUAGUACAAAGCCAUCCUCUAAACCAGAACGUGGUAAAUCAAAAUAUAGCUCUCGAGAAAAUGGUACUAAGACUGACAAGCAAAUUUCAAUAGAUGAAGAUUGCAAUUUAAAAUCCGAAAAUGCAUCACAAAUCGAGACUCCUUUAGAAAAGGCCCAAAAAUUCAAGGAUGAGGGCAAUGUUUACUUUAAAAUGGGAAAAUACGAUGAAGCAAUAGCUUUAUACAAUAAUGCUAUCGAUACCUGUCCAAAAGAUAAUAAGGAAGAACUUGCCAUAUAUUAUCAAAAUAGAGCUGCAGCUUAUGAACAUUUGAGAAAAUAUAGCGCGGUAAAAGCGGAUUGUACAAAAGCAUUAGAAUUAAAUCCAAGAUACGCAAAAGCAUUUUUACGUAGAGGAAGAGCUCUAGAACAUAGCAAUGAUUUGGAACAUGCCUUAGAAGAUGUUACUACAGCUUGUGUUUUAGAAGGAUUUGUCAAUCAAUCUGCUUUAACAAUAGCGGAUAGAGUUCUAAAACAACUUGGUAAACAACAUGCUCAAGAACAUUGGGCAAAUAAAAAGUUUGUCCUGCCAAGCAAACACUUUGUCAAAACAUACAUCAAUUCGUUUCAUAAUGAUCCAAUUUUUCCUACAUCCAUAAAGUUACACUAUGAUAAUCCCUCUAUAGGCUUUACAGAAAUCAUGAAAGCAUUAGAUGAUCAAGAUUAUGAUAACAUAAUAUCACUUUGUACAAAUGAAAUUGAUAGCGAACAAUUAGACGUCCUACCAUGGAAAAUGGAAAUGUUACUUCUCAGAGCAACAUUUUAUUUGCUUUUAGGGAAACAUGAUGCGGCAUUAGAAGAUUUUGAAAAAAUUGUAAAUUCAACUGAUGCAUCUAAAGAAAUAAAAGUUAAUGCUUUAAUCAAAAGAGCAAGCUUACAUAUGCAACUUGAAAAUCCAGAAAAAAGUUUCAUUGAUUUUGAUUUAGCUGUUAAUAUUGAUCCAAAUUGUUGUGAUAUUUAUCAUCAUAGAGGACAGGUAAACUUACUUAUGGAAAAAAUAGACGAAGCGAAAGAAGAUUUUCAAAAAGCUGUGGAUUUAAAUCCUGAUUUUGGACUAGCAUAUGUACAAAAAUGUUAUACAGAUUAUCGUUAUGCUAUAGUCAAAAGAGAUGUACUGUUGGUAGAAAGUUGUUUAAAAAAUUUUGAAAAAGCAUUUGAAAAAUUCCCUGACUAUCCCGAAUGCUAUACAUUAUAUGCUGAGGUAUUGUCAGAAACGUUGGAUUUUGUGAAAGCAGAUUCGUAUUUUGCUAAAGCAAUUGAAAAAGAUCCAUAUAAUGCCAGUAUAUAUGUGCAUAGAGGACUACUGCAGUUACAAUGGACUAAUACCACUGAUAAAGCUAUUGAAUACAUAAACAAAGCAUUGAAGCUUGAUGAUAAAUGUAAAUUUGGAUAUGAAACUUUAGCAACGAUAGAAGUACAAAGAGGAAAUUAUAAAGAAGCAAUAGAACUGUUUGAUAAGGCUUUAGCACUAAGUCGCACAUCAAUGGAACUUACACAUCUUUACAGUUUAAGGGAUGGAGCAAAAGCACAGUUUACCAUACAAGACAGAUUCAGAUCAGAUGUUAAAAAUCUACAGAAUAUGUCGUAAAAUCUUUCACGUUUUUAUGUCAAGAAAAUUGAAAUAGGUAUAAUACAUAAAAUAAAAAAAAAAAGAAAAUGUACCAGUUCUUUGCUCGUGCAAAUGCAAAAGCACACGUUCCUAUAUGAAGCUAUAGUAUAAAUUUUAUAUUCAUAGUAUUUCCAUUGCAAUAAUUAUUAUUGCAUAUAAAGUCAAACAGCUUUGAUUGAUUGAUAUCAAAAAAUAUUGAAAUUUUUAUAAAUGUAUUUAUUAUUUGCACGGUUUUUUCUUGUGAUGUAUAUACAUUAUAACUCUUCAAUAUUUUUACACGAUUUUAUGUUGUUACGAUUUAAUUUUAAUAUUCUUCAUAAACAAUCUUUCUAUGUUGUUAAUAUUGCCAUAUAGUUUACUUAGUUUACAUUUUUUCAGAGAUAAUUCCUAAAAUAUCUUACCUUUUAUAAUAUUCUAUAGCAUUUAAUUUACAAUUAAGUUUGUUAUGAAUAACAAUAUUAUAUUCUAUCAAUUGAAAACAUUUCCCACUACUGAUGAACUAUUGAACAGCCUUUAUGCAGCUAAUUGCACUUUUUAGAUAUCUUUAUUUUAAAUGUAUUUUGUUUAUUUUUAUGUAUUUAAUAUAUAUGUGCGUAUAUAUAUAUAUAUAUAUACAUAUAUAUAUAUAUUAUAUAAAAAUAUAUAUAUGUAUGUAUAUACAUAUAUAUAUCCUCUCAAUUUAUAAAAAUUCUAUAACAGAUAACAUUAUUAUUUUCAGCUUUGUUUCUAAAUCCAGUAUUUAUGAAAGGCUAUACAUCUUUCAUUUCUAAAAGUAUGUUAAAUUGUUGUGUAAAAUUUCCAUUAAUAUAUUUUAUUUAUAAUGUUUUAAACUUGUAUAUUUUUUAUAGAUUAAACGAUAAAGAAAAAACACUGAAAUUAAUUGUAACUUAUAAAAUAUGAAAAGUAUUAAUUUUCUUUUUUCAAAAAUUAAAAAAAAAUAAAUAAAUAACACGUAUUGUUUAAAACAGAUAAUAAAUUCCAAUUGUGAAUUGAAAUAAAUCUUUUGUAUUAUCUUGUACAUAAAAUUACAGAAAGUUUUUAAACAAGUUAUAUACAAUUUAUACAACAGACUUAAUAACUCAUAAACUUAUAACAUUACGAUAGUUAUUUCUUUAUAUCUUUGAUUUUCUUACUGAGGAACCAGUGAAACAAAUGUGAAUGUAAUUUGAGAAUAUACAUAUUUCACAGUCUUAUCUAGAAAUUAUAUUACUAAGGAUUCAUAAAGUAUAAGCCUUUCAUAUGUACGCUUACAAUUUGUUUAUAAAUCUAUAUAUUAAUCUAAUGUAAAAAUCACAGUAGUAGACAUAUUAUUACAAGUUCUUUAUAUACAAAGAAGAAUGUAACACCUACUACACACAGAUAUAAUUAUUUAUUGUUUCUGCUUUACUUCAAAUAUCAUAAAAUACUGAAGCAAGUGGAUAACGUACAACAAAUGCUAAACAGCUACAAAGAACCUAAAAGAUUCAUAUGUUAAGUGUACAUAAUCUCAUAUAAAAAAAAAUAUAUAUAUAUAUACAUAGUUAGUAUAACAUUUUUAUAAAGAAAUAUAUGAAUACCUGUAAUAAUAUCAAAAUUAAUGUUAGCGCAGAUUCCCUUGUUGGUCCAAUAUUAAUUAAUAAAAAAUUUAUUAGAGUUAAGUUAUUGCAAGUCACAGUGUCUUCAUUACUUUUUUGCCAUUGAACAAUUUUUAUGGUUCUGAAGACCCACAUUAAAAAUUUACCUAUUUAAAAAAAUAACUCAUUUCAUGAUCUAGAUAAAAAAGAAUAUAUAUAUAUAUAUCAAUUUUAUCAAUACAACAUACCUGAAGGAUUCAGGUCAGAAUAUCUAAAUACUGUGACACUAGUUUCCAAUUUAUCCGUAUCUUUAUUAUACCUGUAGUCAAAUAUAGGACUGGUUUUUCUCUCUU